AUGUCGUCAGAGGAGUUAACCCUUCCUCCUCUCCCUGCUGUUUCUUGGGAUGAGCAGUCCCAAACUUUCACCAACAACCCUCGGAAACGCGUCCGCAAUGCCGGCUCCAAGCACGCGCCUUCCUCGGGCUUCAACAAUUCAAGUGAUCCCGCCAUAUUCUCUAGUGAUGAUGACCCUGCGUUGGACAACUAUGUAGAAGGCAGGCGAAAGAAGAGAUACAUUGGUACUUGGUUUCAACAGCAUCCCACUUCUUCUGACUCGACUUUCAGUGAGAUUCACGUUUCUAAGCAGAGGCGCCCAUGGACGCGACAGGCAGACAGUGGUGUCUUCCUUGGCAGCGAUGGCAAUGAGAGCGAAGACAUGCUGGAACCGGUUCCUGAAAACCCAAAACCCAGACUGCCCCAGCUUGAUCGCGUAGUGCGCCGCGUCUCAAGGGCUGAGCAGAUUGCACGCGACAAGGUUCGCACGUGUCUUGAGACGGGCGAAGAGACAGUCGACUUUUGGUCGAUGGGGCUGGAAGAUGUCUCCAACGAUACCAUUAGUCCUUUGUCACAGUUCACAUGCAUCCCCGUUGUUACUAAGGAUGUUGCCUUUGAGCAAAAGGACCCAGAGCUCAAGAUCUACAUGGCCCAGAACCGGCUAACACGGGUUCCUGGUGCCAUCUUCGACUUGACCUAUCUCACUAUUCUCAGUCUCCGCCACAACAAACUCACUGAACUCCCUCCUGGCAUCGGCAAAUUACAGCAUCUCAAGGAGCUCAAUGUGUCACAAAACCGCUUACGACAUUUACCAGUUGAGUUGUUAGAUCUAUUUGUAUCAAGUAGCAAACUCGACACACUCGUUGUCCAUCCCAACCCCUUUUGGCAACCAAAACGAGCCCUAGAACAGACCGAGGAGAAGUCCGACAAUGUGCUCUUUUCUCACACGGAAUCAGAACCUUCUUCUGUGCCACUCUUGGUGAGUCGAGUGUUGGGUCGGUCUCCUUCGCAACUCUCGGAUACUACAGGCCGAGUCGUCUCAGACUUCAAGUUUCCAACAGACCACCGGAAACUCGUAUUGCCUGUUGAUGAGGGAGAACCAGAAUUCUCACCAUCGGCGUCCGUCUCAUCUAUGACAGAAUCGCAACGCUUGCAAGGGGCAAGUCGCGUCCCAAGUCUACUGGAGACUGCCCUCCGAGCCUGCUAUUCUACCACUCAGCUUCCAGAAAUGGCGUUUUACAUUCCGGAGGGUCUUAAUCACCUCAGGAGGCUUCUGGAACGAGCACAUCGACAAAAGGAAGCCGGUGGGCUGACUUGCGCACGCUGCCGCAAGAUGAUGGUCAUUCCAACUGUCGAAUGGGUUGAAUGGCGGGAAGUCCGAACCUGUAAAAAGGUCAGCCACGAGAACUCAUCUGCCCUGCGGGUGACACCGCUGAGUAUGGCAGAGGGCGAGAGGACUGUUCCCUUCAUCCACCGAGGAUGCUCAUGGCGAUGCGGGCCAGGAGAAUUGGAGAAGAGCAGUUGGGGUCUGCCGAGAGGAAAUCUUGUUCCUGUAACCGAUGAGGGAAAUCAACAAGCAUGA